AACCAACUCUUUCGCACCCACGUGUCACCAGAGAGUUUUUUUGGUAAACUAUUAUUCUUGGCUUCUCGUUCUCUCUCCUCUUCCUCCAAUGGCGACGACUUCCAGCUACGGGCCCGACGGCGUCCACCGGUCCCUCCGGCCCCCCAUCGCCUUCCCCUCCGACCCGGACCUUUCCAUGGUCCCCUUCCUCUUCCGCCGCACCGCCGCAUUCCCCGAUCGCCUCGCCCUCGCCGACGCCGACUCCGGCCGCUCCCUCACCUUCCUCCAGCUCCGCUCCGCCGUCUCCUCCACCGCCGUCGGCCUCGCCUCCCUCGGCAUAUCCAAGGGAGACGUCGUCCUCAUCUUCUCCCCCAACUCCCUCCACUUCCCUGUCUGCUUCCUCGCCGUCCUCUCCCUCGGCGCCAUCGCCACCACCGUCAACCCCCUCUACACCGUCGCCGAGCUCUCCAAGCAGGCCAAGGACUCCAAUCCCAAGCUAGUCAUCACCGUCCCUGAGCUCUGGCACAAGGUCGCCCCCCUCGGCCUCCCCGCCGUCAUCCUCGGCCCCAAAGACUCGCCAUUAUCCCCCUCCACCCACCUCCCCAUCACCUACUUCUCCGAACUGAUCGCCGGGCACACGAAUCCAGACUUCACACCGCCUCCGGUCCGGCAGACGGAUGUCGCGGCGCUCCUUUACUCUUCCGGCACCAGCGGCGCGAGCAAGGGGGUCAUCCUGACACACAGGAACUUCAUCUGCACUGCUCUCAUGGUGACCGCCGACCAGGAGCAGAAUGGCGAGCCGCCAGCCACAUUCCUCUGCUUCCUACCGAUGUUUCAUAUUUUCGGGCUCUCGGUGAUCACCUACGCCCAGCUGACGCGAGGGAACACUGUGGUGUCCAUGGGGAAGUUCGAUUUUGAGAUGGUGCUGAGGUCCAUCGAGAAGUACAGGGUGAGCCAUUUGUUCUGCGUGCCGCCGGUUAUGAUCGCGCUGGCGAAGCAGGGGAAGAUGGGGAAGUUUGAUCUUAGCUCGUUGAGGUUUAUUUGUUCGGGUGCUGCUCCUCUGGGGAAGGAUGUGAUGACGGAGGUCUCCAAAAAUUUUCCUGAUAGAGAAGUUAUACAGGGAUAUGGUAUGACAGAGACUUGUGGAAUCAUAUCACGGGAGUUUCCUCUUAAGGCAGAGGCUCGCCAGUUUGGUUCAACAGGAAUGCUUGUCCCAGGAGUCGAAGGUAAAGUUGUAAGCGUAGACAAACUGAAGUCUCUUCCACCUAAUCAACUAGGGGAGCUCUGUUUCUGGGGACCAAACAUAAUGCAAGGUUAUUUGAACAAUCCACAAGCCACUAAAUUGACUUUGGAUGAGCAAGGGUGGUUACAUACAGGUGAUAUUGGGUAUAUUGACGAAAAAGGACAAGUAUAUGUCGUUGAUCGAAUAAAAGAGCUCAUUAAAUACAAAGGACUUCAGGUUGCACCUGCUGAGCUUGAAGGGUUGCUUCUUUCUCAUUCUGAGAUACUUGAUGCAGCUGUCAUCCCAUUUCCCAAUGCUGAAGCUGGUGAGGUUCCUAUUGCUUUCGUGGUUCGGUCUCCUAACAGUUCACUGACUGAAGAGGAUGUCCAGAAAUUUAUUGCAGAGCAGGUUGCACCUUUCAAGAGAUUGAGAAGAGUUACUUUUGUGAACAGCGUGCCAAAAUCUGCUUCUGGAAAAAUUCUAAGAAGGGUGCUUAUCGAGAAAGUAAGAUCGAAACUAUAGAAAGUCUAAUAUCCCCCCUCCAAACAUUUCUUGGAUGGUCCUAUACUGAUUACUGAAAUGCCAUUAAGGUAAUCAAGGUAUAUAAGCUGUCGCUUUACAUUAUCCAUUCUAUCUUUUUCAAAUUUUAUUUCCACGUAGGGGAAUAAGUGAAGCCUUGGAACGUUGCCCUGGAAUCAAACUUACGUGAAAUAUUGUAAUAUUAGUUGACUAAACUUUGCAUUCCUGAAUAUACUGAGAAUUUUAGAAGCAGUUGAUA